GAUCCACUUGAAGCAACAACAGGCCUCGUCCCCCUCUUUGGAAUCGAUGUGUGGGAGCAUGCCUACUACUUGCAGUACAAGAAUGUGCGACCUGAUUACGUGAAUGCUAUCUGGAAAGUAGCCAAUUGGAAAGAUAUUUCUGCAAGAUUUUCUAAAGCAGCUUCUAAAUAGAGAAGCUGUCCUUGAAGAAUGUAUAGUUCAGAUAAAGUUUAUUAUAUUACUUGAUAUCUUUAUUUACCUGAGCAAGGUCAUUGUAUAUAAAAGGUUAUUUACACCCUGUUCAUUGUUAGCUUUCUUUUUAAUCAAAAAUGGCUGUGAUGUCUCAGAUUUUUCACAGUGUAGUUUCAUACUAUCUUAAUGCAAUUAAGAAUAAUAAAAGAAAAAUAAAUAACAGAUUGUAAGCCCUUCAGAUUAGUGAGGCAUUUUUUGGCUUGGGAUAUGAAGUCCAGAAGCAGAAAAAUAUAAUUGUAUUAUACUUUGAAUAUUUGUUUUCUGUAGGCAGUGUUACUUGUCAAAGGAGUUAACUUCUGUGUUCAAGCAACUUAUGUUAAAUUGUAACAAUCUAUUAAUUUUUUGUAGAUGAUUACUAAUUAACAUCUUUGACAGUUGUGCAUUACUUGCAAGUGAAUAUGAAGGAGAUUAAAACAGCACUGAUUA